CACAUGUCUCUCUCAAGACAGAAUUGUAGAUAAGCAUAAUUGACUUUGCUCCUUCCGUAGAACCAGUGAGGAAGCAGCAAAGUCCCAAACCUCGAUAAUCUUUCACUAACUCCAGAGUAGACUACCAGGUGGGUGACUGGACUGCCGGGUGACGGAUGUUUAAAAAACAGAAGCAUUUUAAAGGCAUUAUGAAAAGCUCUUACCUUAUUGUAAUUACUGGAGUGCUAAGUCUUUAUUUUACCAGAACAGCAGCAACCAAAUCAAGAAAACUUGAUAUUCUGUCUGACUCCAGAUGCCGAUGGAAUGGGGACCUUUUGAUGGAUUGUUCUUUUACUGGAAAAUCUGAUAUACCAAAGGCUAUACCACAAACAGUGACCACAGUGGAUUUAAGUUACAAUUCUAUUAGAGCUCUCUCAGUGUCUGACAUGAAAAACGAAGAUUGGACCAUAAAACACCUGAAUCUUAGUAACAAUAAGAUAUCUGAGCUAACUUUCAGCUCUUUUAUGUGUUUUCCCUCUUUGGAAACGUUAAACCUGAAUGACAAUGGAAUCCACUCCAUCUCAUUGGAUCUGCAGAGACAUAGCAGCUUGUUAGGGAAAUGCCAAAGAAAGGGUUUCAGAAAUGUCUUUACGUCUCUCAAAGUUUUGUCAGUUCAAAGAAAUCAUCUUAAUGCUACUCCACAGGGACUCUGGAAACUGAAGUCUUUACAAAUUCUGGAUCUUUCAUCUAAUUCCAUAUCACAGAUUGGACCAACUGAUUUUCAAAACUGCCUACAGCUGGAGAAGCUUUAUUUACAAAAUAACAACAUAUCUAAGAUUCACCCAGAUGCCUUCAAGGAUCUCAACAAACUUCAGAUUGUGAAUCUUAGCUUUAAUGCUAUGGCCACUGUCCUCCCAAUGAUGUUCAUUGCCUUAACUCUGCCACAUCUGGAUGCUGAUUUAUCAAACAACAGAUGGCAAUGUGAUUGUAACAUGACUGUCUUUCAAAAUUUCAUUUCUGAAUCCUGGAGGGAAAAGUGGAAUAGAAUUUGCAGUGAGUCCAUCAGUGCACCUGGACCAUCUUUUCUCUCUCUGGAAUGGCUCCAUUUGAACUGUAAAAUGCAUAUGGAAGAUUUGAUCUCUUUGAAAAAAGUUACAGUCUCGCCCGGAGAAACAAUCCUCCUGGACUGCGACUCUGAUGAACCUUGGGGGGAAAAUGAAACAUACUGGUGGAUUCCCUACCGCAGAAUUUCUGAGAACACCAAGAUUCCUCAUAUUAGUCUAAAUCAAAUGAAAAAAAUAGUAAUAAAUAAAGCGGAGAAACCCCUGGAAGGAUUGUAUGUUUGCUUUUCCACAUCUGGAAGGAAGAAACACAUCAUUUAUGAGGUCUCUGUGAAGCAGAAACAUGUCCCGAGACGGGUGAGAAGGGCCAGGGAGUUUCCUGCUUCUACCAGAGAAGCAGCCGCAUCAGGAGACCUCACUUUGGCGAUUUGUCUGUCUGUGAUCAUUACUUUCCCUUUUGCUUUUUGUCUUGGUGCUUUUGCAAGACCUUAUAUCGAUCGUCUAUGGCAAAAAAGGUGCCAGACCAAAAGUUCCAUUUCAGAAAAUGCCUAUUCUAAUGAAGGGUUCUAUGAUGAUGCAGGGGUUCCAGGAAACCCAAGACCCCUAUCAGAAGAUCAGCAUCAAGAUUCGUACAGUCUGAGUAUCUAUGAAACUACAGAAUCCCCAGACCUGUACACAUCUAUCAUCGAGGACGGCAAACCCAAAGCAAACAGACUGGGGGAAGACCAAGAGCAGAGAAGGAGCAGGGCUGAUUCAGGAGAUAAGAGAAAUGAAAACUGGCUUCCGGAAAACGGUGAUGAUGGUUCCAUUAACUCCAAAAACAUGAAUGUGAUCUACGAUAAUGUAAUUUCACUAAAGAGAGAGCAUGUCUAUGGGAAAGACGUUCUCAGAGAAUUGACAAGGGACCAUUCUUCCCAUGAGGAUUCAAGGAGAGCCUUUUCUACAGACAGAAGUGUACCAAAAACUCUUGGCCCGUUCCAAAGCCAUUCUUCUGAGUUAGAGCCAACGAUUUCAGAGGAAAAGGCAUUUCCUCUUCCUCAAAUGUCACUGCAGCCAAAAGCACAGAGUUUUGGAGAGAGUGGAGAAAUAAGUGAGGGUGCACACUUACCAUCAGAAGUUAUGGAAACUCAGAAGAGGUUUUCUAAGGAAAUACAAUCAAGUUCUCACUUGCAUCCACCAGCCACUCAACAAGAAGUGCUUGGUAGGAGUAAUUCUGGACCACAGAAUGGGAAGAAUGAGAAUAGAACUGUACUCAGUGAUGACCCAAGAGAUUUCAAUCACUCCAUUCUGCUUCCCAAUUGGGAAAAUGAUUUAGAGGUUGAUUAUCCGAAUCACAAUCCAAUAGCAACUUUCUUCUCUGAUCAUCAAAACACAGAAAAUAUCAACAAUGAAGAGAUCCUCACAGAUAACAGCUAUGAUUCGGAUGAAGGGUCAUUAUUUACUUUAAGUUCUACUGAUUCAGAUAAUGAUAUUCAAGAAGUAUCACCUGGGGAGAGAGAGCAUGGAGCCACGUGGCCAUCAAUGGAGGAGAAUAGCAUAAAUAAGAGUUCAUCUGAUAGAAUGGACAAUAUCCAAUCAGAAAGUCCUGAGGACAAUGCUAGCAUUCAGAAGACUUUUAAGAAAUAUGACAACCAAAAAAACGAACAUUUUGAAAGCAUUAUCUCCAGACCAGGAAUUAAUUUGUCAGAAACAAAUUUACCAACUUAUCAGAUUGGUAGUAGCAAUAAAACUGGAAUACAAGAAUCCCCACCCAACUCAGAACCCAGCAGUCCCAUAAGUAUUGAAAUUCCUGGCAUGUUCAUAUAUGAUCAUGUUUUAACUCUUGAUCCUGAGCCAUCAGAAUGGCAUCAUUCAUGGGAAAAAGAAGAACAAGCCCCCACUGUGAAGUCUUCAUCCCGACAGACCCCAGUCAUACAUCCUGGAGUCCCAUCAAAUAUUGAGAAUGGUGAUUUCAAAGAAAUGAACACAUAGAUUUAUAAAUGUGAUACCUGAACACAAAUAUCAGAUGCCGUUAAAAAGGAAACUUCUUUCCUUCAGGAAAAUUUCCUGACAUCAACCUCAGAGUUAAAAAUGAAAAGUUCACAACAGAAUUUUGAAGAUAAUGACAUGGAAUUAAACAUAAUUGACUCUACUGAUCUAAAAAAAGAUCUAUUUCAUGGGUUCCAAAUGUAUUACAAACCAAACACAGUAGUCCCCACAAUCUAAUGUCCCCAGAGAUGGACUUUAUUUCCAGUCAGAAAGAGAUGAGGAACAUUUAUUCCAAAAGACAAGUAGUAUUACUACAAAAAAAAGCUUCCUAAUAAAGAUAAGACCAGUUUACUAAGAAUACAAAUGGGCUUUAGUGACAAUCAGUGGGGCCAAUAUUGAGAGGAAGAUAUGUUGGAAUGAUAAAAAUCAUCCUAACUUUUGUACAAAUGAACCACAGCUCCAGAGUGUCAUAGAUCUUUCAGUGGCUAGCAUUUAUUCCAAUGAGAAACAACAUUUCAGUGACAGAAGUAGUGAUCCACAAAUUAAUAAUAAAAGAGAAGAAGGAAAUUAACAUUUUAAAAAGUAUAUUGUGGAAUAUUUAAAUGAAAAGACUCAAAAGUAUUUCAGGAAAUUUGCCACGUACCAAAGAUUGAUAAUCUCAAGAAAGCAGGUCAUUAAGUUUUCUAGGAAAAAUGAGAAUGUUAAGAAGAAUCCCAUAUGUAUGUGAUUUAUGUUGUGUUAAAGUCAUUUUCUAAGACAAAUUAUACAUAUUCAAUCAAUUAAAAAGAAAGACUUUCAUGGGAAAAAUGGUACUUACUCUGGUGGUAUCAAGAAGAGUAGGAAAAUAUCAGAAAUAUGUAAUGUAAGUCAGACUAUGCAGCAGAACACUGAAGCUCUGGAAUCAGGAACAUAAGUGGCAUCAGACUUGGCAACAUAUUGCAACAAGUUAUUUAAUCUCUAUGGGUUUGUAAAAUGAAGGGAUUGUCUCUAGAUGUCUUUUUCUGAGAUCCCUUCCAAACUUCCAAUUGUGUGAUGGCUAAGUUGCUUCUAUUAUAUAAGUUAGUCUCUAAAUCUGAAAUCUUGAAUAGUCAAUUAGAUUAUUCAACUCUUAGAUAACAACUAUAUUUAGUAGCUAAUACCAUAGAAUUUUUUUUUGUUUUUGAAAAAUAUUACUAAAUAAAAAUGUAAAAUAAUUGUAUAUAUCAUUUAAAAUACAUCUUUUUCUGAGGUAGAUAUAUCAGGGGAAAUACAAUCCUUGGUUCACACUUCACAAGAAUUAUAAAACUUCAUAUUUAUAUUUUGUAGUUUCCCAAUAUUUGGGAUUUUAUGAGGAGAGAAGGCGUAGUAUCAAUUUUCUCAACUUCUGAAAAAAACUGUAGGAAUGUUUACAUUUCCUUCUCCUCCCUCCUUUUCCCUCAGCCACCACUGCCACAUUUAAGUCUGGCCCACCAGAUGUUAUUCUGGCUCAGCAGUCUGCCCUCAGACUAGUUUUGAGACAUCAAGGGAAAAAUACUUGGUAGCAGUGACUUUAGGAGUAAGGGCCAAUCUCAGAGAAACCUGAUACUAAAGACAGUCUAUUCUUUUUCUGCCAAGUUUAUGUGACCAAACCCAAAAAGGAGAAUGAGGGAAAAUGCCAUUUAUGGAAGGGGAAGUAGUUUCUGGCUGGUUGGCUAGUCUGACUUGCCCUCAGGGCCAAUCCUCCACAUAGACAGAGUAGGUGCCCACUCCUAAAAGGUCUCCAAAUAUUCUGGUCUCUGCAUAUUCUGGUGCAGAUCUUUGCUCUAUCUGGUCUGAACUGCACACCCUUGGAAUCAUUCCUUUGGGCAAGGCAACAGAUGCAGGGAUUCCCUGUGAAAAUAAGUAGGUGAAUUGAAAUCAAACAGCAUUCUUUCACCUAAAGCAUUCCCAUUGAUCAGUUUAUAAGAUUAUUUGAAUGAUUUAAAAAAUGGGUGCAAGAACAUUAGGGGGAUACAAAAGACCAUCAUGUAUACAAGUGGAGGACCAACCAUUGAAAGUAAAUAUUAACAUAAUUUAAUAAAGUGAAAAUAUUUAGAAAUA